AUGUCGAAGAAACUCGAAGCGGAAGUCAAACACCUUGAAGGGGACCUCAGUGCGGCCUUAGGGAAAUUGAACAACCUUGAGACACAAGCAAGGGCAGAUCGAGAUGGCUACGAGGAGAAGUUAAAGAGUUACGGGAAGGAAAUUGAGAGGCUCGUGAGGUCCAUAGAAGAGAUGAAAGGGGGUGGAGAAAUGGCGACCCUGCAGAAAGAGCUACGCACAGCCAGUGAGUCCCUCGAGGAGGUCAAACGCAUGGCGGCGGAGGACAAGGCAGAGCAUCAGAAGAAUCAAGAGGAACGAGAUAAGGAAAUCCUCACUCUCAAGGAGUCCAUUGGGAUACUCGAGAGGUCAACAUCCGAGGCAAAGGCAGCCCUAGAGGAGGAGGAUCAGAUUAAGAUCAAUGAGGAGCGGGAUGGAACGGAUUUGCCUUGGGAAUUUUCGAAGGUGAACUUCCACCAUUGCGUAAAGCCUCUGGUUGGGCAGGAAGGAGAACUACCAUCUGAUAUUCUAAAGGAGGGGAGGAUCAGGCUUAUCUUCCACAGGGCACGAUCCCUCCCUUCUACGUUGACAAGCAGUGUGGUGCUAGCCAAGCUCUUGCGUGUAAGAGACAGCAAGGUGCUGCAUGCAUGCUCGACCUUGAGAUGUGCCGUUGACUCUUGGGAGGGCCACUGCGACAUCAAUGAGGAACUCGCGCAUGUUCUGGCUCGGUCCGAGCCCAAUGAUAAAGGCAAGGACGCAGAUAUCAAUCGGAUACUCAACUCGAAGAGUCUACCCGACGCUGUUACAGCUGCAGUCAUCGCAACGCAUCCCAGUGGAGAAGUGGGCACUCCUGAGCCAGAUUUUUACAACUUCUAUUAUGACCAGUCCCAAACUCUAACUAUUUUCCUAAAAGAGACCUUCACUGAUCCACAGAGGAGUGGUAUAAGCGAGGCUCUAGUAUGCAUGACCCCUGGUUCGGUCGGAACCUCAGUUGCUCCCAACUGGAGAGGGUCAGUGAUAAGGAUGAUACUCUCAUCGCCUGGUAGUCAGCGCACGCUCAAGUUACAUGCAAGUCGAUCAGAGUCACAGCAUCGCGAGAAGCCCUCCUCGAGCCGCGUCGAAGGAGGCCACGCCACUGUCGAGGCUGUGCUUGCAAUCGCAAGAGACCGGGAAGAAGUGAAUGCUCAUCUAGCGAGAGAAUACGCCAGAAGGGCCGAGAAUCUAGAAAAGGCCUCGGCCGAUGUCAACAGUCUCACGAAGCAGCUAGAAGCAAUAAGACGAGAAAAUGAGCAAUUACGAGAUAGAAUGAGGGAGGAACGAGGGAUGUGGGAUGAUGCUUCGAAGAAGGCCAAGUCUAAUACUUCUACAGACCCUGUUUUGGAGGCAGCCCUGAAGAGCCUCUCCAGUCAACAGAUCGUUGCACGGUUGCAGGAAACGCUAAUGAAGUACAGAAAUGAGCGAGCAACCGUUGACGAACUCCACAGAAGACUUCAAGCUGCUGGUACUGAAAUAGCAAAGGCCCAGAGAGAUCGACAACGUUUGGAGGAGCUGGAGAAGAUACACGUCGAACAAGCUGAAUACUACCAGAAGUUGAUAGAAAAAUCUGCUAAGUUGCCAAAAUACGAAGCCACGAUAAAGUCACAGACGAAGAUAAUUGCCAAGUUGGAGACGGUUCUUGAGGAGUCUCUGAAGAAGGCUGGAAAAUCUACAAAGAUGUUGAGCGAGCUCACUCGACUCAAAGCGGCCAACGACACUCUCAGGGCGGAAAUACAAGCGCUCAAGGCCAAGUUCGUCGUCACCACUGAAUAG